CAGAUGGCGCGCGGGAGCCUCUGUCAUGAAUCACUGAGCAAAGUGUAAACAUUGUUGCAUUCUGUUGCCAUUUUCGCCUCCUGUUGAGCUCCAAAGAUGUUUUCUGGCAUAUCCUCCAACAGUACACAAGACCACAACCGACCGGAAUUGUACGAGGAAGUGAAGCUGUACACUAACGCGAGAGAGAGAGAGAAGCAUGACAACCAUGCAGAAUUGUAUGCUGUCAUCAAUACUCUCCAGUGUUUAGAGAAGAUGUACAUAAAAGAUGUGGUGCCCCCCAAAGAAUACACAGCUUGGUGUAGUAAGCUUCUUGUGCAGUAUAAGGCCGCCUUUAAACUGGUCCAGUGUGAUGAUUACCCUACCGUUGAGGCCUUUGUGAAGAAGUAUAAGCUCGAUUGUCCGGCAGCCCUUGACCGAAUUCGUGAGGAUAGACCAAUUACAAUCAAGGACGACAAGGGCAACACGAGCAAGUGCAUCGCUGACAUUGUUUCGCUCUUCAUCACCGUCAUGGACAAGCUUCGACUCGGGAUCAAUGCAAAUGACGAGCUGCAGCCAGACCUCAAGGACCUGAUGGAAAACAUGACUCGUCUCUCGGUUCUUCCGCAGGAUUUCGAAGGCAAGGCUAAGGUGAAGGAGUGGAUCAGCACGCUGGAAGGGAUGACGGCGGAUGAAACCCUCUCCGAAACGCAAGUGCGGCAGAUGAUCUUCGACCUGGAGUCUGCGUACAAUGCAUUCAACAGACUGCUCCAGCAUACAUAAUCUGGCUGUCGACUUGGCGUAGAUGUUAAGAGUUACCAUUGUAUAGGAAAUAUCCAAGUGGUUGUUAUAUUGCCAACAUCCCAGUGGGCUGUAAUUUACACUGAAAAUCGACUGGGAUCCUCCUUCAGCUUCGCAAGUAGUUUUUAGGGCGAGGUUACGAGUCUUUCUCCUUUUCUUCUCUCUCUCUCUCCUUUAUGUACAUAACCAUGUUUUUCCCCUCUCCCCCCCACUUCCUCAUAGAUAAUGUAUAAGAAAACCAUAAGAGGACUCAGUUAAUAAUGGCCAGCACUGUAUUACAGAACCCCUCCUUAGUUUUGUCAAAUUCAUGGGCAUAGUGACAUUGUUUGCCAUUUCCUGUCAUUGUAUAGAUGCAUCACCAUUCCUCAUUGAGAGUUAUAGGUCAGAGCUUGUUCAUCUUUUAGCCAGGGAGAUAGUUGAGUUUCUAAGAUAAAGAGUUAGUGAAGAAAGAAGACAAAUAUUUUGUUAGAAACAAAACGAAUACAUAGAUCCCAGAUUUCAAUUUAUAAAUUCAAUUUAUUAAUCGGAUUGAAGAUGUUAUUGAUAGCAUUAAUUGACCUGCAAUUAACCUCUUCAGUAGAGUAGGUCGAAUCUGCUGCCCUUCUUUCAGGUUAUAACUUGACGUGUUGAUUCUGUAUUUAUUCUCCAUACUGCGUGUUUCAGACUAGUCGCAGGUCUUCUAGAGUUUUUUCUAUAACCCCCCCCCCCUUCCCCUCCCCAAGUAGGAGUUCAGAGUAAACUUAUUUAUUUUUUACUUGGAAAAAAUUAUUUGGAUUUAAAUAGUUCAAUCUGAACAUGAAAAGUACUAAGAUAAUUAUAUAUAUUUGUUGCAUUUAAAUAUGCCUUAUUAUGCCUUUGUGGUGCAUAUUAUCUUGUAUUAUUUCCAGCUUCACAUAUAUUAGAGACUGUUUAAAAUCUUUUGAAUAUUGUCAUUGUAGAUUUUAAGUUCAUGAUGUAUAACUUCAUGAUGUUAAUAUUUGAUAUAAUUGGUAUUAUUGCCCUCGUAUAAUUGUGCAAUAAUUGACUUUUUUUUUUUAGAAUUGAUUUAUACCAUACAGUUUAAAAAUAAAAUGAACAUUUUA